AUGCAGUCGAAAAAAGAUCAUUUAGAAGCAGUGAAAUGUCUUCUUGCAUAUGACGUCAACGUUGUUGCAAAAACUACGGAUGAGAAACAUCUUUCACAGUGGACUUUGCUACAUAUCGCAUCAAGCGCAGGUUACUUAAACUUGGUAAAAUAUCUUCUCGAAAACGGUGCCGAUGCUAGUGAGAAGGGUAAAUAUGAGAGUACCGCAUUGCAUUUCGCAUCAAUUCAAGGUCACUCCGAAGUAAUAAAAUGUCUUCUCGAAAAUGGUGCCAAUGUUAACGCUAGAGAUUUUAAAAAACUCACUCCUCUGCAUUAUGCAUCGCAAAAUGGCUGCUAUGAAGCUGUGAAAUGCCUUCUCGAAAACGGUGCUGACGUUAACGCUAAAGAUUACAAAGAAAGAACUCCGUUUGACGUUGCUAAGGAAGAAGAUAUUCGACGGCUUCUCACCGAUUUAUAUAAACGUAAAAUACGCUUUGAGACAAUUUCAACUUUGGAAAAGAUUGGAGAAGGUGCUCAAGGUGUCGUUUACAAGGGCAUAUUUAACAACGAAAUUGUUGCCUUAAAGAAGUUUUCACCGAAAGAAGAAGCAAAUAAAUUUUACUUCUUCUUGGACCAUCUUAACCUGAUCAAUCUGUCUACAAAACCCAACGAUUAUAUAGCUCAGUUUUAG